ACGUACUCGUAGGUGUGUCUAUGUCGCAGCGUCAUAGUUUAGACUUUUCGGGCUCGAUAUGGAAAACUCUGGAACUUUCUACGAGGACUUAAAUGAAAGUAAAACCGAAAACUCGAGGUUAAAUGAACAGAACACGACUGGGUCCACAGCGGACAGUACCGAGUCAAGCAACAAUUUCGACUUUGAAGACAAACGUUUACAGAAAAAGUGAAACGGUACAAAGGACACGGAAGAAACAGUGUAACUCCUGGAGUACUCCUUGUAUUUACUGCGAAGUAACCGAUAAACCGAUCGUCGUUUUUAUGCGCUACAGUCGUUAAAAUGGGCAAAGACUAUUAUGAGAUUCUCGGUAUUAAGAAGGGGGCAUCCGAGGAGGAAAUAAAGAAAGCUUACCGUAAGCAGGCUUUGAGAUAUCACCCCGACAAAAACAAGUCACCAGGAGCAGAAGACAAAUUCAAAGAAAUUGCCGAGGCUUACGAUGUUUUAAGCGACGCCAAGAAAAAGGACAUUUUCGAUCGUUUUGGCGAAGAAGGUCUGAAAGGAAAUGGUCCUUCAAGUGGUGGUGAUGGCGGUACCUUCAGCUACACCUUUCAAGGAGACCCUCAUGCUAUGUUUUCAGAGUUUUUUGGUGGACGUAACCCCUUUGAUCAGUUCUUUGGGAGCCGUAAUGGGGGCAAUCAAGAAGACAUGGACACUGAUGAUCUUUUUAGCCGCUUUGGCAUGGGUGGCAGUGGAAUGGGUGGGUUUCCCCGCUCCUUUAGCACAGGAAUGGGAGGAAUGGGCAGUCAUAGCAGUGUAGUAAAGAAGCACCAGGACCCUCCAGUGGUUCAUGAUCUGCAGGUGACCAUAGACGAAAUUUUGGCAGGUUGUACUAAGAAAAUGAAGAUUUCUCGUAAAAGACUGAACCCGGAUGGGAGAACAUUAAGGACAGAAGAUAAAAUCCUGGAGUUGCAAAUUAAAAAAGGAUGGAAGGAGGGCACCAAAAUCACCUUUCCAAAAGAGGGGGAUGAAACGCCUACUAAUAUUCCAGCUGAUGUGGUGUUUGUGUUGAAAGACAAACCACACCCAGUGUUCAAACGGGACGGUUCUGACAUCAUAUAUCCAGCCAAGAUCUCACUGAGGGAUGCCUUGUGUGGCAGUACUAUAAAUGCACCAACACUGGAUGGCAGAACAGUGCCCAUCACAACAACAGAUAUUGUUCACCCUGGAAUGAAGCGGAGGAUAAGUGGAGAAGGGCUUCCUUAUCCAAAACGCCCAGAUCGUAGAGGUGAUCUAAUUGUGGAGUUUGAGGUUAAGUUCCCAGAAAGGCUUAGUCAAAGUGCUCGAGACACAAUCGCCAAGGUUCUUCCACCAUCCUAAAAAACAUAAAGUUUAGAUUAUUGCUCUAAAGAUGUAAACUUUUUUACAUAGGAUGUGUGUAGGUGAAAUGCCAAUAGAAUGAUUUAUUUUCAUGGUUAAUAUGUGAAAAACAUGUUUUUCUGUCAUCUUAUGUUAAAUUGUCAGACAUUUUUUAAUAGAUUUGAGGUAUAUAAUAUAAUUAUAACAUUCUUUACUCUGUGAGUGCUCCUGGAUGCAAAUUUAAACUCUUUGCGAAAGAAAUUUUCUAUUGUCACAACAUUGUUGUUGUGCAUUAUUGUUCACGUAGUUCACUGAUGACUUGAAACGUAAAACGCAGGGAGAUUUUCUUAAUGGAAGUUUUUCUGGUAAACAUCACCAUCUUAGAAGUCAUGAACUCAUUGGUCAUUACAUUGCAUAUUAUUUUUAUUGUUACAAAUCCAAUGAAAGAAGGCACCACAAAAAGUCGUAUUUGUAGAAAAAAUAAAUUCUGUUUUUGAAAAUAAAUAAAUAAAUAAUGUGCCGCAGCAACUACAAUA